GAACAAAUUUUGAAACAUGUAGCUAUGCUACUGGUGAUGGUGAAAGAGACAAGAAUGGAAGUGAUGUUACACUACUUAAUGAUUCCAGAUUUAGAGCAGAUGAAGACAGCUGUCCAUCAAAUAGCGAAACUCAUGGGAAUUUUGAGUUAAUUCUUGACUGCUGUGAUAUUGACAUUCUUCAUGUUGAAGAGGUCCACAUGGCUCACCUUACUCAAGAUAUGAUGACAAAGAAAGCUGGGAGGCUAGAAAAUAUUUCAGGCAAAACAUGUUCAAGGGCUAGACACAAGGGUGAUGUCUUGUCAUCACGAGAAGAUAGUGGAAGACAUGACACUUUUGAAAUCUUCUCAAGGCUUAAGGCAGACUCGAAACAAAAUUCUGUGCAAGAUAGCAAAGCAAACGUAGAAUGCGAAAGUAUAGGGUGGGCAGAAAUGCACGUUGAUCACAGCUACUGCUACAACAAUAAGAGUGGUGCCCAAAAUUGCAGGACAGUUACACUGACUGCUACACCUGGAAAAAACACAAAUGUUGAAGAGGAGUUCCGCAAUGAUCAUGACUAUUCAGAAUCCAAGAAAUCCGUUUUACAAUUUGAAUUGGGCAGCGAUUUGAAAGAAGUGUCAAGGGAUGAGGAAUCUAAUUUUGAAGCAUUUGAAGAGGACUCCAAAAGGGGAUACUGUGUUCCUGAAUUUGAUCCUUUAUUUGAAGAGGACUCCAGAAGGGGAUACUGUGUUCCUGAACUUGCUCCUUUAUUUGAAGAGGACUCCAGAAGGGGAUACUGUGUUCCUGAACUUGAUCCUUUAUUUGAAGAGGACUCCAGAAGGGGAUACUGUGUUCCUGAACUUGAUCCUACAGCCAACAAGAAAGAGGCUAAAGAGGUGUUUGCUGCUUUGAUGAGAGCCCACAACAGUCCGUCAGGAAGACCCCUGCAUCACAGAGUGGAGCCCUGGUGUGUGCGUGUCUGGAGGGAGGGGGUGAGGGGCAGGGAGAGCUUCCCCAGGGUGGUGCGCAUCAAGUACAGAACCACCCCGGGGGGAGGGUCCCUUACAUGGGUCACAGACCAGGAUGGGAAGCCGUGUGUUUUUACCCAAGGUUCCUGUAUCAACAACCGCUCCCUGUUCCCCUGUCAUGACUUCCUCACCAUGGCAACAUGGCAGGCCGUCAUCCACUCUCCACACGGCACCACGGUCCUCAUGAGUGGGGAGGAGCCUGGGGCACCAUGCCAACCAGAUGCUAUUGCUAAGCAACCAGACGAAGGAACACUUAUGAGUGGGGAGGAGCCUGGGGCGCCAUGGCAACUAGAUGCUGUUGCUAAGCAACCAGAUGAAGGAAUACUAGUUGCCAAGCAAACAGAGCCUGGGGCGCUAUGGCAACCUGAAGAUGCCGCUUGGCAACCAGAUGCUGUCGCUAAGCAACCAGAUGCUGUCGCUAAGCAACCAGAUGCUGUUGCUAAGCAACCAGAUGAAGGAACACUAAUUGCCAAGCAAACAGGGCCUGGGUCGCUAUGGCAACCUGAAGAUGCCACUUGGCAACCAGAUGCUGUUGCUAAGCAACCAGAUGCUGUCGCUAGGCAACCAGAUGCUGUCACUAAGCAACCAGAUGCUGUUGCUAAGCAACCAGUUUCUGUCGCUAAGCAACCAGAUGCUGUUGCUAAGCAACCAGAUGCUGUCACUACGCAACCAGAUGCUGUCGCUAAGCAACCAGAUGCUGUCACUAAGCAACCAAAUGAAGGAACACUAGUUACCAAGCAAACAAACUCAGCUCAGGAAGUACAGUUUGCUUCCAUGGAUCUGCCACUUGCAAAUGAAUUGACAUCAUUCAGUGAUCAUGAGCAAAUGCAUGAAGGCGUGGCAUCUGUUGCUAAGCAAUUUGAUGUUGCUAAGCAACCGGCUGACACAGGUGCUUGUUCAGAAGUAGCUGCCAGAGACCACCACUAUUUCUACGUCACCAUGCCGAUGCCAUGUUCUACUCUGGCCCUCGCUGUGGGCUACUGGCUCCAGGCUUCCUCAGAAGGGAGCACAACACAGAAGCAUAAUCAUGGUCUGCAACCUUCUGUUCAUUCAGGAAAUGCACAGGAAAUGGUAGAUUACCCUCAACCUAACCAGGGUGAGAAUUAUUGUGAGGUUGCCCCACCAAAGCAGUUUGAUGCAGACAACACUUCACAGCAUGAAGAAAGUAUCAACCCACCUACAUGUACGUUGCCUUCUGUCCAAGUGACUGUUGAACCAGUAGAACAACAUGUUGAUCAUAGUGGUAUGGACCACGUAAGUCAAAUCCCAGAACAAGUCUGUCAGCAAGAGAAACACAGUCACCAUCAGAGGUCACGUUGUAAAUGUGACCCUGUGAGAGUCAUUCCCCACCGAGUGUUUGCCCCGUCCAUACAUGUACAGCAGGCAGGGAGGGAGUUUCUCCCGUUGAUAGAGAAGUAUCUGGCCGCUGCCUAUGACGUCCUGGGACCUCACCCUCUACCCAGGCUAGAUGUGCUCGUGGUCCCAAGAUGCUUUGCCAGCCUAGGGUUGGCCAGUCCCCACCUGAUGCUGGUGUCCCAGUCGCUGCUCGCGGGUGACGGCAGCAUGUGCCUGCGUCUGGCGCACGAGAUCGCUCACUCCUGGUUCGGCCUCCUGAUUGGCUCCCGUGACUGGACAGAAGAAUGGAUCAGCGAGGGUUUCGCAACAUACCUGGAGGACUGUAUCCAUGCCAAGGCUAUGGGGUGGACAGAGAAGGAUCAUGAGGAGUACUCCGGCCUUCGUGCUGCCAUCAGAUACCGGUUACUGGCUGCUGAACUGGAGAACACAGAGGAGGAACUGCAAACCUUAAGGCCCAGUGCAUCAGGACAGGGCUUCCACCAGGGCGAUGGUACUGUGUACGUCACCAAUGCACUCAACACAGACAAACUCUUCACACAAGUACACUACCUCAAGGGCUACUUCCUCCUCAGGUAUUUUGCCAGGAAAGUUGGGGCUGACAAAUUCCACUCUCUACUGAAGAGUUUUGUUCAGGAGUUCCCCAGACAUGGCAUGAACCUCAUCUUCUCACAGGACUUCUUCAAACUUGUCUUCAAGACUUUCCCAAGUCUUACCUCUCAGGGUCUUACCGUGGAGGGAAUCUACCAAGACUGGCUGGACUGUCCAGGACUUCCCAAACAACUACAGAAGAACCCUGUCAAUGCUAACAACAGACUGGUCAAACAGGUUAGGGUGACCUUGAGGCAUUGUAAGAAUGUUGACAGGCAGAACAAACAGAAUGAAAGAACAGCUAGAAAGAUGGCAAGAACAAGUGGAAACCCAACUUCUUUGAGAAGAAAGAAAAGACAAAGACAGAUCCAGACAGUAAAUGUAGUUGGUGACAGUCUAAGAGAAGAAAACAAGAAUGGGAAAAAUGCAGGGAAAAGGCGUUAUGAUGUAACUGAGGAGUUGACGCAACCUAAUUUUUCUUCCCCUCCAUGUAAACGUCAGGCAAUGGGAAAUGAUGUACCAAAUGCAAAUGAGUUGGAGAGUUCUGGACAGUUACAUGACAACCAAUCAGAUGUACCUCUUAGAUCUGACCUCCCUACAACUUCACUCAUACAUGAAGGGGGAGUACGUGCACAUGAUUCAAGAGCUAAGGAACCAGGGAGAGAGCUCUUACAAGAUCAGCUUGUACUCCUCCUGGAAGAGCUGCUUGAGAUGAAGUCCAUGGCAGGUGUAACCCUGCAGCAGUUGGAGGAACAUUACAGGCUGUCCAGGUGCAACGCAGACGUCAGGCAUCGAUGGUGUGAGCUGGUCAUCAAACAUGGCUACCGCCCCGGGUACAGCGACGUACAGCAAUUCCUGUGUGAGGACCAGGCCAUGGGAGUGUACCUGUACGGGGAACUCAUGAUGUACCAACGACCACAGCAACAGCAGCUGGCCUGGGACACCUUCCAGCUGCUGUCCCAGGAAAUGGAGGAAGGUCCGAGGAAAGCUGUACAGGACAUGAUGUAUGGUGGACAGGGGGAUAACCAAGCCAUGGGGGUUUGAAACUGGUCUUCUCCUUAAUGUUGUAAAUGGAUCAAAUCCGUUCUUCUAAUGUUUUAAAUGGAUCCAAUCCGUUGAAAUUUACAUGUUUGCAGUGUUGUAAAAGUACAGUAGGUGCUAGAACCAAUUAUACCUCACAAAUGCCAAAUGGCAUUUCAAGGGUAACCGAAAUUUAAAGUUCAGAAAAUUAAGGAUUAUUUAACACUAUGAAUAAUUAUACAUUAUCAGUUUUGCAAAAUUCUCCUUGUGUAAGGUGUUUUUGUAAGAUGAUAUCAGUAUGCAAACCCUACCCAUGCAUUUCCUAUAUAA